AUGUCUGGGGAUCCAGCUAGCGAAACUGUGAAUUCUCAGGCUGAUCCGAAGAUGGAAAAUCCUGGGGAGAGGAAAUUCAGUAAGGUGGAGAAAAGGUUGGACCUUGACGAUAUAUUGACAAACGAGCUCGGUCAGUUCGGGUGCUUCCAAUUGAGGAAUAUUCUCCUGGUAGCCAUACCUAUAGCUAUGUCAGCAUUUAUGAGCGAAUACAUCUUUUCUGCUGCCGCUAUACCACACAGAUGUCGCAUACCGGAAUGUGGUGAAGAUGGUAAACUUUACGAUGUUGAACCUGAUUGGAUUGGAAACGCAAUUCCAGAAACUAAUUCUGGAUAUUCAAGCUGUGAUAGAUAUGCACCAGCUAACAUCGGCAUCAAUGGCUCAUUAGACUACUGCCCAGCGAAUCUUUUCAAUACAGCAGAAACUAUAGGCUGCGAUGGCUUUGUAUACGCCAGAGAUAACUCAGUAGUGUAUGAGUUUGAUCUCGGAUGUCAAGACUUUUUGCGAGCAUUUUCUGGUACAUUGAACAGUAUAGGAACACUUCUGGUUUUACCGAUAACAGGUUUCUUCUCUGAUCGUUUUGGACGAAGAUUUGCUCUCGUAAUCAGUGUAUUUAAUCUCGCUCUUAUUGGUCUUAUACGAGCGUUUUCUGUAAAUUAUCCAAUGUACAUGGCCUUGCAAAUUCUACAAACAACUCUAGGCGCUGGUACUUUCAGUUCCGCGUACAUUUUUGCCGCUGAAUUGGUUGGACCUAAGUACCGGGUGGUGACUAGUGCUUUCUCGUCUUCAAUGUUUUCUGUAGGCCAAGUUAUACUGGGUGGUGUAGCUUGGCUAGUGCAGCCUUGGAGAUACAUGAUCAUGGCCCUUCACAUCCCUUGCUUCUUGAUUAUCUCUUAUUACUGGUUAUUAUCUGAGAGCAUCCGCUGGUUACUUUCGAAACAAAAGAAUGAGGAAGCAAGAAGAGUAUUGGAAAAUGUGGCUAGAGUAAAUAAAACAUCUAUAAGCGAAAAGUCAAUACAGGCUUUAAUGUAUACUCCAGAGGUACCUAGUGACGAUGCAAACGUUAAUAAGCCUGGUCUCAUCAAACAAAUUAUAAGUUCUCCUAUUCUAUUGCGACGGGUCUGCACUACUCCUAUUUGGUGGAUCACAACAACCUUCGUCUACUACGGACUCUCUAUUAAUUCUACUGGACUAUCGGAGUCCAUAUAUUUGAACUAUAUACUCACAUGUGCUAUCGAAAUCCCCGGUUACUUCACCGCAGUCUUGGUGUUAGACAGGAUCGGAAGAAAAAUAACUCUCUCCAGCGGUUUCUUCUUUAGUGCUGCUUGUAAUAUAGCUUUCGUCUUUAUACCAAGUGAUUUAUCCGUUCUCCGCCUAAUUAUUUUCCUCUUUGGUAAAUUCGGUAUCUCUGUGGUAAUGACGUCGCUGUACCUGUUCACAUCUGAGCUCUACCCGACUGAAUACCGUCACAGUCUCCUGGCCUUCUCAUCCAUGGUCGGCCGUCUUGGAUCUAUAACGGCUCCACUUACACCUGUUUUGAUGAACUACUGGCACGGUAUACCGUCAAUGAUGUUCGGGGCUAUGGGUAUACUGGCUGGAAUCCUCGUACUCACGCAACCAGAAACCCUCGGCACUACAAUGCCUGAUACCUUGGCAGAAGCAGAAGCCAUCGGCAGAAAACCAACUGUAUAA